AUGGCAGCUAAGUCAUAUGCCAUCCCAGAUCUCGAUGAUAAUGACAAUAAUGAAAGUGAAUCACUCAAUCUGUUCUCUAAACGACAGAAAACGGCCGAUGAUUCCUCCAUGACAUCAAACGAAAAUACUACACCCUCAACAAAUGUCAGUAAUCAAACAGAACUUCCAACACCGGCGUCUUAUCCGCCACCACCGCCAACUGGUCCAUCAUCAUCAUCACUUCUUGUUCAUUCGCGUCAACGCGGCAAUCCUAUAUUGAAGCAUCUUCGUCAAGUGAAAUGGGAAUAUUCAGAUAUGAUCUUAGGUGGUGCAGAUUAUUCGAUGAGUCGUAGCUCGUGUGCAUUAUUCUUAUCACUUCGUUAUCAUACAUUAAAUCCAAAUUACAUUUACGAUCGUCUUAAAGCCAAUAAACUACCAUAUCAGUUGAAAAUUCUUCUUGUGCAAUGCGAUGUUACUGAACCAUCCCAAGCGCUCAAAGAACUAGCUCGACUUUGUAAUCUGUACGAACUAACUCUUCUAGUCAGUUGGACCGAUGAAGAAUCAGCACGAUAUCUGGAAACUUAUCGAAUCAUGGAAGGCAAGUCAGCUGAAAGUCUCAUGGAUAUUCAACAACAUCAAUCCUCAGACUAUCUAACGAAAUUCAUCGACGUAACCACACAAGUGAAAUCAGUCAACAAAACCGACGCUCAAACUUUAUUACAUGCAUUCGGAUCGGUUGAUGCAAUGAUAAACGCUUCGAAUGAACAGCUAUGUGUGUGUCCCGGUUUAGGUGCAUUGAAAGCACAACGGUUGUAUCAAGCGUUUAAUCAACCCUUCAAACGGCAGAAACAAAAAGCGAAGACGAAUAAACUGGAGAAAGAAUUCGAUGAAGAACAGCUUGAUUUGUCUAAUAUUGAUGAAGAUCUUUGA